AUGAAAGAGAAAGAUAAAGAUAAAGAAGAAGAAGAAGAGGAAGAGGAUCCUGAUAAAAUACCAACGAACGCUUGUGAGACUUUAUAUUUACAGAAUUUGAAUGAAAAAGUUAGAUUACCAGCAGUAAUGAAAGAAACACUUGGAGUUUUGUUCAAACCUUAUCGUCCUAUCUUACCCGUCGUAGCACAUCGAAACGUUCGUAUGAGAGGUCAAGCGUUUGUGACUUUUCAUGAUGUCGAAACUGCCAAUAGGGCUAGGAGAGAGGUUGGAGAAUUUCCUUUGUAUGGGAAACCCAUACAAAUAAAAUUCGCAAAGUCUAGAUCGGAUUCAGCCGUGGUGAAGUUAGAAGGUGAGGAAGCUUUGGAAGAACAUAAAAAAGAGAGAUUAGAACAGAAAAAACGAUCACGAAGAGAUAAUCCAUUGAGAAGAAAAGCAGCUGCUAAACUACGUGCUGACACAGAAGGUGGUCCAGCUCCAGUCAAAAGACAAAAGAUUCAAAUGCCCGACGAAUAUCUUCCACCUAAUAACGUCCUGUUCGUACAAAACUUACCAGAAGGUACUGAAGCAGAUGAGCUUCGUGAGGUUUUCGGAACUCAUCCUGGUUUGGUCGAAAUACGUACCAUCCCAGCUAAAAAAGAUAUCGCUUUUGUGGAAUAUACAGACGAAGCUUGUGCAGGUUUAGCAAAAACGGCAUUACAUAAUUUCAAAAUUGAUGGGGAAACAAAGAUGAAAGUCACUUAUGCUAGGAAGUGA